CUUACAGUGAUGAACACAGCCCUGGCUGACUCUGGAAGCAUCACAUGGAUCAAGCUCUUGGUUGUGAAAACCUAACAAGGAACUGGAACCAUGAGGAUCUUCUGCAUAACCUUUGUGCUCCUCUUUAAAUCACUGCAAUGCCUGGCAAAAGAUGAUUCUGCAUUUCAACUUAUCAACAAGGCCACAGCGUUUUUUCUGGAGUUGCGUUGGACAACCAACGAUCGGCUUCUGGUUCCUCAAAAGAACAAGUGUGUGGGAGCCCAGGGGCAAAGUGUGGGGGCUGAAGUAAAGCUUUAUGACUGUGAUGAAGACAGUGAGCUUCAAAAGUGGGAGUGCAGGAACCAAACGCUGCUUGGUCUGAAGGGCAAAGAGCUCUUCAUUGAGAUUAGGACGGACCACAGCGCCGUUCUCGCGAAAACAACCGGACCCAACAGUCACUUCACCAUUUCAGGGACUUUUGAUGGAGCUUGUGCAAGAACAUACAGAGAAAUGUUUACCACUGGAGGAACUGCAGCUGGAAAGCCGUGCAUGUUUCCUUUCAUGUACGGAAACCAGUGGUACUCAGACUGCACUAUGACCGACCACACAGAGCUUUGGUGUGCGGUUGAGACCUAUUACUCUUCUGAUUCAGACAAAUGGGGGGUUUGCCCAACCAACUCGAGACAAAGCUGGAUCAAACACCCCAAAACAGGAGCGUAUUACCAGCUGAACAGUGAUGCUGCUCUGACAUGGGCAGAAGCAGAAAGCAGCUGCAAACAGCAGAAUGCUACUUUACUGAGUCUCACGGAUCCCCACCAGGAGGCUUAUGUCACGGCAAUACUGACCUCAGGAAGGAUGGAGGAAGGGUACAAGUUCUGGAUUGGGCUCACUCUGGAUCCAGAACAUGGCUGGAAGUGGUCCAGUCAAAAUCCUUUCCGUUAUCUGAACUGGGACUCAGGAUAUCCACUUUCCAGUCCAGGACAUGUCUGUGGGUUUGCAGAUGGAACUGCAGACUACAGUUGGAGAAAUUCAGUUUGCAGCAAAAGACUGGGUUACAUCUGCUGCAGUCAUGGAGGUCCAGCUGUUCCAACUAAGGCUCCAGAGGCGGGACUUUGCACAGCACCAUGGAUUUCCUACAACGGCCGCUGCUACCAGCUUUAUCGCUCCCAGAAAACAUGGUCAGAUGCUCAGUUAACUUGCAGGAAGGAGGAAGGGGAUCUAGUGAGCAUCCAUAAUGUAGAGGAACAAAGUUUUAUCUUCUCAGAGCUUGGUUAUGUACCAACGGAUGAGCUUUGGAUUGGACUGAAUGACCGGACCACAGAGGGUCUGUUUGACUGGAGUGACCAAUCUGCUGUCAGAUUCACCAGCUGGGAGUUUGGGAAACCAGGAGUUCAGGAAAAUCAAGAGGACUGUGUUCUAAUCAGAGGCCAGAAAGGAAACUGGGCUGACAGUGUUUGUGAGGAGAAACAUGGCUUCAUCUGCAUGAAAAAAAGUGAGGCUUCUGGGUCAGAAAUAUUGCAAGAAGAAGGCUGCCAGACGGGUUGGAAACGAUUCGGCUCCUAUUGCUACCUUGUUGGAAGUGAGACAAAAACCUUUGAUGAAGCCAGAAUGAUCUGUGAUCAUUCACAAUCCUAUUUGGCAGAUGUUUCAACAAGUGUGGAUAAUGCUUUCCUAACCAGCUUGGUGGGCCUCAGACCAGAGAAACACUUCUGGUUGGGGCUUUCAAACCAAAGAGAAAUCAAUGUUUUUGUGUGGACCAACACAAAGAGGGUCAGAUUUACUCACUGGAACGCUGAAAUGCCAGGGGACCGACAGGGGUGUGUUGCUAUGGCAACUGGGCAUCAUGCUGGUCUCUGGGAUGUUCUGCCUUGUGCCAAUAAGGAAAAAUACAUCUGUAAACAGCUAGCAAAAGGAGCAGUUGUGACCCCCCACCCAACCACAGUUCCAGUCCAGACAUGUACAGUUGGCUGGACUAAAUUACCAUCAGGAAACUUCUGUUUCAAGUUCUUCGGAGACAAGAAAACAUGGUAUGAGGCCAGAGAGUACUGCACAGCCAUCGGAGGAGACCUGCUCAGCUUCCACAGCAAAGACGACCUUGUAGCUGGCCGUGGAAGACAUAGCCGUGCCUGGAUUGGACUCAGUGCCCCCAACUUGGACUUGGGUUACGUGUGGAGUGAUGGAUCUCCGGUAAACUUCCAGCACUGGAGUAACGGGGAGCCAAACAAUAAAAACAAUAUUGAAUCCUGUACUGAGUUUUCUAUGUAUGGCUGGGACAUGGAGGGGUCCUGGAAUGAUAAUCAGUGUGAAAAAUACAACAGCUGGUUCUGUCAGAUCCCUUUAGGAGUCACACCGAAGCCGCCUCCUGACCCUGUUACUCCAGAUUAUAACACAACCUCCGACGGAUGGUUGGAAUGGAAGGGGAAUCAGUAUUUUAUCAACCAAAAAAGUCUGUCGAUGGAAGAAGCCCGUCAGUUCUGCAAGCAGUUUCAUGGGGACCUGGCGACCAUCAACAGUUACAACGAAAAUGCCUUUCUCUGGAAACGGAUCAGCCGCAGUCAUGGAAACUACUGGAUCGGUCUAAAUGUGGAUUUUGAUGGAACGCGUGUAUGGAUGGAUCAUUCAGAGGUGAUUUAUCAACAAUGGGAUGAGGGUCAGCCAGACUAUAAACAUUAUGAUGAACAGUGUGUCAUCAUGAGAGUGGAGGACGGAGUCUGGCAUGACUACAACUGUGGUUUUGAGCACAAGUCCAUCUGUAAGCGCAGUGGUCCACCACAUGCCAACAGCACAGUGGCUCCAAUAUUGACACCAAAAGGUGGCUGUGAAUUCCCCUGGAGAAAAUUUCAAUCAAAGUGUUACAACAUCGUCAAAGACCAGCGCAUGACCUGGUUUAAUGCAGGACAAACAUGCCGUGGCAUGAAUGCUAACUUGGCCUCCAUUGAUUCCAGAGAAGUACAAGCCUUUUUAUUGACUCAAAUGGUCGAUGCAGCAACUACUGACCUCUGGAUCGGUUUUCAUAAACUUCACGGGGGUGAAUUUUACUGGAGUAAUGGACGGAAAAGAUCCUUUGUCAACUUGCUUGAGAGAAAUUUUCGCAACCCUUUCCGCGAUUACCAUCCCUACCAGAUUAAACGCCCUGUGUUCUUUCAUGACGACGAGCUCCACUUUCAAGACUAUGUUCAUUUUUCAGAGAUGCAUAGGUCUGAUAGAGAUAAAUGUGCUGUAAUCAAUACCAAUCCUUCACUUGGUAUUGGUAAAUGGAUUCCCCAAUUUUGCAAUGACACCAAUGCAUUUGUUUGCCUGAGAGAUGUUGAUCCCAAGUCCCCCGACUCUCCUGAACCAACAACACCAACUGGUUAUACAAAGAUAUUCAAUGACUCUUUUAAGAGUUUUCCUCAAAACAUGACCUGGGAUGGAGCGCAGAAGUACUGUGCAGGGGAUGGUGCCAACCUUGCUAGCAUAAAGACUGAGUGGGCGCAGGCAUACGUCGAGCUGCAGGUUGCAAAACUCAAAAGACCUGUGUGGAUUGGACUCAACAAAGACCGGACCAGCAGCUAUUUUAGAUUUAUUGCUGGCUCGCGGCUGAAAUUUGUUAACUGGAAUGAAAAUGAACCACGCAGUGACCAGUCCUGUGUGUACGUGGAUGUAGGAGGCAAAUGGAAGACCAGCAGCUGCAACCAGACCUAUCACUUUGUUUGCAUGAAGUCUUCAGAUGUUCUACCAGUGCAGCCCAGUAAUUUCCCAGGAGUUUGUCCUGACGACCCAAAUCCAUCUUCUCAGCAUUAUUGGAUACCAUUUAGGGGUCACUGCUACACAUUUUUCACCAAGCUGGAAAACUGGCCGGAAGCCUCAACCGACUGCAGCAAACAUGGUGGGAUGAUUGUCAGCAUUGAGGAUCCCUCUGAGCAGGAUUUUAUUGAAACUGAACUGCAGAAUUAUAAAGACCAACAUAAUUCGUUUUGGUUGGGUCUGUAUAAAACACACAAAGGGACGUGGAAGUGGUUGGACAGAACAGUCAUGGACUACACAAACUGGGAUUCUCAUCAACCGGGGAUGGCCACCUACGCUGAGAUAGCGACUUCAGAUGGGAUGUGGAAAACGGGGCGCCCAUGGAACAAGAGACCAUACAUCUGCAAAACAGCCAAAAUUUUACCACCAAAGUCAUUACCUUCAACUGAUGACACCGUACCUCAGCCUCACCAAGCACGUGAUCACAUUGCUCUGACAGUGGUUGUCAUCUGUGCAGCAGCUGCAGUGGGGGCUGUCAUUGUCAUAUACGUCUUUAGGAAAUCUAGACAUCAUCUAGCUGUCCCCCCAUCUAUGCCAAACAUCAUCAACCCACUUUUCUUCAGCGGUAAACAGUUGGAGACUGAUGCGGACGUCGAUCAGCUGGUGGAGAACGCAAAAGAAAAUCCUCAAGUUGUGAAAGUAAAAUGAUCUGUUCCUUUCCAUUCUGAGAUUUUCCCUGCAAUGGUUUGGAGUUUGGGGGAGAAAAACCUCUAAAAUUAUUAAGGAUUUGUCUUGACUGAGAAGCUAAAAAAAAAAAAAAAAAAAAAGCAGGGUGAUGAUCUAAUGUGUGUUUUAUUACAUAUUUUGACAGAUGUUGUAUAAAACAGCAGACAAAUAAUUCACAAAACUUGCAUUUUCUGUGAUUUCCUUAAAACAUUUUAGAGAGUAAAAAUACUUUAUGACAAAUGUAAAUGAUAUGAUAUGAGCUUACAAAAACUGUCCUAACCUCUGACAGAAGUCUGUUAUCAUAAGUCUUACUAACACUUUUAGGAUCUUGUUGUAAAAAAAAAAAACAACAGGAAAACGUGGACCAGAGUUUUAUCAAUGUGAAUCACUUUCUUUACAUAAAGACAAAAUACAACCCUG